AUGACGUCUACAGCCCCCGAGGGCCGCUUCCUGCCUCUCGCAGUGUGGCUGGGAGCAGAGGGCGCAGCCUGGGGUUCUGCCCCAUCCACUCACCACUUCACAGGCACCGCAGUCCCACUGGGACAGGAGCUUCGUGUGCAAAACUCCUUGCCAAGCCUCCAGCCUCUUCUCACUCACUCAUCGCCUCAGGCCCAGCUGCCCGGAUCUUCAGAACUGCCCGGAGUCUGGACUUCAAGGUCCUUUGACGUCACUUCCUGUAGGACAGCUUGUCCCCAAGCUGCAACUCUUCUACAGGGCCACUGUUUGGGAUUCAGAGCUGAGAGGAAACCUCAGAAGUCCCAGAUCUUUUCUGCUACCCAUCUACGGGAGGAGCAAUGGCCCCGCCAGCAGAUGUGGGGUGUGAGCUCUGCAGGCCUGGACAAUUCCCAGACCAGCCAUGGACGGGGUCCCUUGCCCCCAGCACCCGCUCGUUCCUGGCAGCCCUGUGACACCGUGGAGCAGGGCAACGGUCGGGAGUCCUGGCUGCAGGAGGUCCCUGUGAGCAUGAAGUCCUCAACGGGCAAGAAAAGCAGCUCCAGCAGGGUGUCAGAAGUCCACGCCCAAGGCAAGGAAGCAGUUCACAGCCGGGAAAACUCUUGCGGUCACAGCUUGUAAAAAAGGCAGCUUCAGAGCAAGCCCAAACGAACAAAACCAGGCAGUCUCACUGAACGCUAUCCCCCCCACCAGGAAGCCAGCCUGGGCUGCUGGAAGACAGCCGAAGUCUGUGCCCACGGGGACUCACUGGGAGGGAGCCAGACAGCUCCAAGUGCCCCAAAUCUACCCACAUUCCCAGCCAUCAAG